UGAGGUUGUUUUCAUAAACCCUCGGCUCAAAAUCUUAACAACCAACCUUUAAAUGCACUUCUAUUCUCAUUUCUCAAACACACAAUUAUAGCCACCAUUACAGCUACUUCCCUUUUCUUGUCAAGAUUCUAUUUUUACCCCAAACCCGCCUUUGCUUUUUCGCCUUUUUCCUCACAUACUACAGAAACAAAGGUUAAAGAUUCAAACUUUGAUGAGGAAAAUGAAAAGGGUCUUGAAGAGUUAUUGGUAUUGAACCCGAAUGAUGUUAAUGCUCUAAGGAAUUUAAUGGAAAUUCAAAUAAAGAAUCGAAAAGUAGUCGACGCUAUUAAGACAAUUGAUAAGUUGAUAGAGCUAGAGCCAAAUGAGACUGAAUGGCAUUUAUUGAAAUCUCAUUUACAUGUUUACAAUGGGGACCUUGAAUUGGCCAAAAUUGGGUUCACUGAGAUUUUAAAAAAUGACCCUUUUCGCGUCGAGGCUUAUCAUGGGCUAGUGAUGGUGGCGUCGCAAGAAGAGCCAAUUUUGGAGUUGAAAGAAAUAAAGAGAAAAGUUGAAGAGGGGAUCAAGAUGUGUGAAAAGGAGAGUAAAAAGAGUGAGUUGAGGGAUUUUAUGUUUUUGCUUGCACAAAUUUGGGUAAUUGAGAGUAAAUAUGAGGAGGCUUUGAAGGUUUAUAAAGAGUUAGUGAAGGAGGAGCCAAAGGAUUUUAGGCCUUAUUUGUGUCAAGGGAUAAUACAUGCUUUGUUGAGGAAAAAAGACGAGGCAGAGAAGUGUUUCGAGGAGUAUCGGAGAUUAGUACCACAAGAGCAUCCUUAUGCUAGGUAUUUUGAUGAUAAUUUGAUUGCACCAAAGCAUUUUUCACAGAAAGUGGAGAGUGAGAGACAUGGAUCAAAGAAUUAACAAUGUAUGUUUUAGUUUAUUUAUGGUGGUUGCUUGUUAGAUAUUUAGAUUUAUUUUAUCACUUUGGUUUUGGAAUGUAGGUAGUUUUAUUGAGUUGCAGCAAUAAGUUUCAAAUUGAGACACUGAAAAAAAAGCUAGUCGAGGGGAGUGGUGCUCGGGGUUUUAAUUGUGCAGAUGUAUUUAUAGUGGCUUGGUGUACUAAUCAAUUUAAGCAAAUGUGAAAAAAGAGAAUGACAAUUGUAAGUUGUAACUUUGCUUUUUUCUUUUUCCAAAUGAAAUAUAUAGUUGUUCUAU